UCCAUAAUGGAGUUGAAGUUUAGGGUGAUCAAAUGGUUAUCACUAACAUUAUUGUUAAUAAUAAUGAUUGUUGUGGGUGAUUUACAGGUAUCUAAUGGGUGUGUCGAGGAAGAAAGAAUGGGUCUGUUACAUAUCAAGUCCAUGUUUUUAUCCUAUAGUUCCUCUCAAAUCUCCGAGGAUAAUCCAUUUUCUUCAUGGAUUGGAACUAAUUGUUGCAAUUGGGAUAGAGUUCAAUGUGACACUUUUGGCACCCAUGUGGUGGAUCUCUUCCUCUCCAAGUUGUUGGAUAGAUAUUAUUCGAUGAAUCAAAUUUAUUAUUUGCUCAAUGUUUCACUAUUUCAAAAUUUUAAAAAAUUGAAAACUCUCGACUUAACUUAUAAUGGAUUCAUUGAUUUUACUAAAAAACAAGGAUUCAACAAAUUUUCAAGCUUCAACAAAUUAGAGACCUUAAAUCUUUCUAGAAAUCAUUUUGGAAAUAAAGUUCUUUCAUCUUUGAGUGGACUUACAUCGUUGAAGAAGUUGAUGCUUAAUAGAAAUAGCUUGGAAGGGUCUAUCACUUUACUUGGUUUGGAAAACUUGAGAGAAUUAGAUCUAAGUGAAAAUGCAUUGAAUGGCACACUACAAAUGCAAGGAGUGGAUGGUUUUUCAAGUUUGAAAAACUUGGAGAUUCUAAAUCUUGGACAAAAUAAUCUCAACGAUAGUAUUUUUUCAUCAUUGAGAGGCCUUAAAUCAUUAAGGAUUUUGAAUCUUCUUCAUAAUGAUGAUCUAGGAGGAAUUAUUCCUACAAAAGAUAUUGCAAAAUUAAGAAGUUUAGAAAUCUUAGAUCUUUCCGGCCACAACUAUUAUGGUGGAGUAAUACCCUUAAAAGAUUUGAAGAACUUAAGAGUGUUGGAUCUAUCAUAUAAUAAAUUCAAUAGCUCACUACCAAUACAAGGAUUUUGUGAAACAAACAGUUUAGUUGAGUUGAAUCUUAGAAAUAAUCAAAUCAGAGGAAAAUUUUCAGAAUGUGUUGGAAACUUCACUAGACUUAAGGUAGUUGAUAUCUCAUACAAUCAAUUCAGUGGAAAAAUUCCAACCACCAUUUCCAAACUCACAUCAAUGGAGUACUUAUCUUUUCAUGAAAAUCACUUUGAAGGCACUUUCUCAUUCUCCUCCUUAGCUAACCACUCCAAGCUUUGGUAUUUGAAGCUAUCAGGAAGAAGUAAUAUAGGAAACAUUCAAGUGGAAACUGAAGAAGUACCUGAAUGGAAGCCUACAUUUCAGUUGGAAAUUCUGUCACUGCCUAGUUGUAACCUCAAUGACCAAACUACAUCAAAAAUCCCAAGUUUCUUACUCUCACAACAUAAGUUGAAAUACCUUGAUCUUGCUCAUAAUCGCUUACUUGGACAUUUUCCUUUCUGGUUGUUACAGAAUAACUAUGUGUUGGAGCACUUGGAUUUGAGUAACAACUCACUUAGUGGACCACUUCAAAUCUCCACUUGGAACCAUAGUUUGAGGUUUUUGGAAAUUUCAAGUAAUCAUUUCAGUGGUCAGUUGCCAACCCACUUGGGUCUCCUUCUUCCACAAGUUGAGAACUUCAAUAUUUCAAGAAAUAAUUUUGAAGGCAAUCUUCCUCCAUCUAUGAAACAAAUGAAUAUGCUAAGUUCGUUGGAUGUAUCAAACAACAAAUUUUCUGGAGAAGUGAAAAUUUUUAUGUCCAACAACAUGCCUUCACUAGCAAUCUUGGUUCUAGCAAACAACAACUUUAGUGGAAGCAUUGAGGAUGAAUGGAAAAAAAAAACACAGUUGAUUGUAUUGGACAUAUCAAAAAAUACGAUAUCGGGCAAAAUUCCUAGUUGGAUCGGUAGUUUAACGUUACUUCAAUAUCUCCUAAUGUCAAGAAAUCGUUUUGCAGGUGAACUUCCAAUACAAAUUUGCUCCCUUUUUAAACUUAAAAUGUUGGAUGUCUCUCAAAAUCAACUAGUUGGUGAAGUGCCCUCCACUUGCUUUAAUUCUUCAUCAUUGGUUUACUUAUACAUGCAAAAUAAUGGGUUCUUCGAAGCUAUUCCACAGGUAUUAUUGUCCGAAACCAGCUCAAGUUUAAAAAUUAUUGAUCUCAGCUACAACAACUUUUCUGGACAUAUUCUUAAAUGGCUCAAUAAAUUUAGAAGCUUGCGGGUUCUUCUGUUGAAAGGGAAUCAGUUAGAAGGUCCAAUUCCAACACAAUUAUGUCAAAUGAGACAAAUAAGUAUUAUGGAUCUUUCCAACAAUAAACUCAAUGGAUUAAUACCUUCAUGCUUCAAUAAUAUAACAUUUGGAGAUAUAAAAGCUCUAAAUUUUAGUGCUUUUGAGGCCAUUAUUUAUUUCAUUGAAGAUGGAACUAUUGAAAAUUGUAGGCCCCCCCGAUACGACGGACAAUGUUUAACACGUCCACCAAUAAUACAAGUGCAAGUGCAGUUUACUACAAAACAUAGGUCUGAGAGUUACAAAGCGAAUGGUUUAAACUAUAUGUUUGGACUUGAUUUAUCAAGUAAUCAGCUAACAGGUGUUAUUCCACGACAAAUUGGGGACUUCGUACAGAUUCAUGCCAUAAAUUUCUCUUACAAUAAGUUGGUAGGACCAAUACCAAAAGUAUUCUCAAAUCUUAAACAAUUGGAGAGCUUGGAUCUUUCCAAUAACUUAUUGAGUGGAAAUAUUCCUUUUGAACUUGCUAUGCUCGACUUUCUUUCUAUCUUCAACGUGUCAUACAAUAAUCUAUCAGGUAUGAUCCCAACAUCACCACACUUCACAUAUCCUGAGAGUAGUUUUUAUGGUAAUCCUUAUCUUUGUGGACCAUAUAUUGAACAUAAAUGUUCAAUAAGCCAUUUUCCCCCGAUAGACAACCAAUUUGAACCGUUGGAAGAAGAAAAUGGAGUAUUCAUUGAUUUAGAAGCAUUUUGUUGGAGCUUUGCGGCCUCCUAUAUCAUAAUACUGUUGGGUUUUGUAGCGAUUUUGUACAUAAACCCACAAUGGCGUCAGAGAUGGUUUUAUUUUAUUGAAUCUUGCUAUUAUUAUUUUUGCAAGUGUACCUAA